GCGGAAGUAAACUACGCCUGGGCGGCUCCUCUUCUUGAGCGGCCCAUCGAUGACAAUCGCAAAGUUCGGGUCAUCUGCGUCGGCGCAGGCUUCAGUGGAAUUGGGGCAUCAAUUCACAUGAUAGAGCAUAUUCCCGACAUUGACUUUCAGGUUUACGAAGCUGCAGAUGAUAUCGGCGGUGUGUGGCACCACAAUCGAUAUGCUGGUGCCGCAUGCGACAUCCCAUCUCACAGUUACCAGUAUUCGUUCUGUCAGAAUACCCAGUGGUCAGAAUUCUAUGCACCCGGCUCAGAGAUACACAGAUAUUUGAAGAAGGUUGUCGAUCAUUUUGAAUUACAGAGCCACAUCAAGUUGCGGCACAGAGUCGUUGGCGCUGAAUGGUCCCAAGAGCGCGGGAAGUGGUCCGUCAAAGUGCUAGAUCUAGACAAGAAUGAGGAGAAAGUAGACGAAGCAGAUUUCUUCUUAUAUGCCACUGGUCUUCUAUCAAAGCCAAAAUGGCCGUCGAUUACGGGCCGCGAAAGAUACAAGGGAGUCCUGCAUCAUUCUGCCACUUGGGAUGCAGCCAAAGAGGAAUCGCAAGAAGGCUUCUCAUGGCAGGACAAGAGAGUCGCCGUCAUUGGUAUAGGAUCCAGUGCAAUUCAGAUCAUGCCACAGAUGCAGAAGAAAGCAAGACAUGUUACGAACUUUGCAAGAAGCCGGACUUGGCUCUCGUCGACUUUCGCUUCUGCCUUUCUAGAAGGACUCGAGGGAGGUGCAGGAGCUAGCAAUCAUGUGUUCUCUCCCGAGGAAAAGAAAAGCUUCACAGAUGAAGGUUUCUACUCUCAAUUUCGUCGAGAGUUGGAGCGGGGCCUCAACUCCGUGCACAAAAUCACUGAGCAGGGCCAACCUUUGCAGCUAGAGGCUCGAAAGGCUAUGGAGAAAAUGAUGAAGGAGAAACUUUCACCCAAGCCUGAAAUUGCUGAGAAUCUGAUACCCGACUUUCCAGUUGCCUGCAAACGCCUCACGCCAGGACCAGGUUAUCUGGAGAGUCUGACGGCAGACAAUGUUGAGUUUUGUUCUCAAGAGCUAGCCUUGUUUACCGAGAAGGGUCUGGUGACAGCCGAUGGCCGCGAACAUGAAUUUGACGCAAUCAUUUGCGCCACUGGCUUCGAUGUUUCUGCCAUACCUGGAUUUCCGAUUUAUGGCUCUGACGGCAUCAAUCUACAAGACCUGUGGGCCACAGAUGUCAAGCAGUACUUAGCUAUCUGUGUUCCUAAAAUGCCUAACUUCUUCCCAAUUCUGUGCGCACAGUCUGGCGUUGGGUCAGGUUCUUUGCUUGUCUUGAUGGAGCAACAAAUCGCCUACGUAACGAAGUGCAUCCACAAAUGCAUCCGAGAAGGGUACAAGAGCAUGGUUGUGAAGGACGAAGCUGUCGAAUCAUUUCUUGAGUACGCAGACAAUUACUUCGACAGGACUGUUUAUAAUGGCAACUGCAAGUCAUGGUACAAAAACGGAGCUUCUGGCAAGGCCAAGAUCCGAACCUUGUGGCCAGGCUCUUGUCUGCAUGGCUAUACCGCUCUGCGUCACCCUCGAUGGGAAGACUUCAACUACGAAAGAUCUGAAGAAUAUGUUCAUCGAAUGGCGUGGCUCGGCAACGGUGAUGUUCGACCUGAUCUUGAUCGCGCUUUUUAUUUCGACGAAAUUUGGGCGAUGCACAAGGAUCAUCCAAUGUUCAAUGACUGA